GAUAUCCAGAUUGUUACAAAAGGAUGCAGAGCAGGAAUCCCAAAUGAGAGCUGAAAUUCAGAACAUGAAGCAAGAACUCUCGACCAUUAGUAUGAUGGAUGAGUUUGCUAGAUAUGCCCGUCUGGAAAGAAAGAUUAACAAAAUGACCGACAAGCUUAAAACUCAUGUGAAAGCGCGAACUGCCCAAUUAGCCAAAAUAAAGUGGGUUAUAAAUAUUGUGUUCUACAUCUUACAAGCUGCCUUGAUGAUCUCUCUCAUUUGGAAGUACUAUUCAGAGCCAGUUACAGUGCUUCCGAGCAAAUGGCUUGCUCCGCUGGAACGCUUGGUAGCCUUUCCUACGGGGGUGGCAGGUGGUGUUGGAAUUACAUGUUGGCUCGUGGUUUGCAAUAAAGUUGUAGCUAUCAUGCUACACCCCUUCAGCUGAAGGAAUCCCAGUCAUCCAUGGAGGAGUCAGCUACGUUUUCAUUCCUUACAAUUUAUUUUAACUUUCCUUAGUUUGUCUUUCAGUUUGGUGGUCAGUUUUUGAAGAACAGCAUUGCUGCUUAUAGAACCUCAUUUUGUGUCCAUUUCAACAAGCAUGAACACUGAUUCCCAGCAAAACCGUAAGACUUUGCCAUGGCGUAUACUCACCAAAAUAUGAAAGUGUUGGAUUUAUAUUUUUAACUUGGAAAUGCACUGGCAUUAGGAAUUAAUUUGGGAGCUUUGCUGCUUCUUUGCUGUGUAGUAUGGCAGUUUCACCCGAAGGUGGGAUUAUCGUUGGUGACAAGUGGUACUGGUGGAUAGAGGUAGGUGGUUUGGUUGGCUGAGGGUGAAACAGAAUUAGUUCCCUCCUUGUUAUUUUUUUUACACUAGGAUUGGUGUGCUCUUGGGCUGUCUCGGAAAAUGUGCUAUUGAUAUGUACGUGGAAUCAGUCCUUAAGAGACCCCCUCUGUUGCCAAAUAGAGGAUGUCUGGCUGCUUUUUCUGAGUUUUAAAAGGCAUUGAACACUUGAAUUUUUCCCUACUUCUGUUGAUAACUGACCUCUCCUUCCUUGAUGGUUUUUCUGCUCGCCCGACUGAGUGGAGAUAGCUGGAAUGAUUUCCUUCCGUGUUUUGGGAGGGAAGGCCUGGCCGGCCUCCUCAAGCUCCAUGUUAAGAACGAGGAAGCAGGAGCCAGUGCUGUUCCCUGGGAGGACAGUGUUUCGAAGGGCCUUAGCACACGUUACUGGCAGUCCGGGAUCACCUGAAACAGCAAUGCAAAUGGAAGAAAGGCAAAUUCGUGAUUUACAUGUCUGCAGUGGUAACAGAAUGGUAGCAGGCAGGAGGAGGAGGGAAAAGAGCCUUCUCUUUCGGAGUAAAUCCUUCUUGCUGUAUUUAGGUACAGGAGACAGCCGCAGUGUUUUGAAUUUAAAGGCGGAGAGAGUUCUUCCUAGUGCCGUGCCUGCAGAACAGCAACAAAGUUGCGUGUUCUUCUGUGCUGCGGCGGGGUCCGCAACCCGCAGUGCUGCCCUGCAAGGCAAGUGGGUCCUUUAGGAAGUUCUUGUUCUGCUCCACCCUUUUGUUGUUGUUGGUUUUGGGUUUUUUUGACCUGAGCCUGCACAAAGCUCUGGGGGACACCUUUGCCUCUUCUGCUGGGCUCUGGUGAUCCUGGUUCAGCUUCCUGCUCUGUAGGGUGGAAUGCAUCUCUUCUGUUAUUUCAGGUCCUUUGCCUUCCUGCAGGAAGGGGCAAGGGCCCCUCCGUGAUUAGCACUGCAUUUAGAAAUCUGUCUGAAAGGUCAUGAUAAAUCAUCUGUCUGUGUAUGUAUAUAUGCAUGAAUUUUUUUCUUUAAUGUAAAUUUAA